AUGGCUGACCGUGGGAACCGAAGAAUGAUCAACUAUCCCUUGAACUUCACCUAUUCUCUGCUCGUUGUGGGAAUGUGCUGUGUGUCGCCCUUCAUCUGUCAGAGUCAGACAGACUUGCUUGCACUUAAUGAAGCUGAUCCCCAGUGCUGGGAAUCUUCUUCAGUGCUCCUGCUGGAAAUGCGGAAGCCUCAACUUUCUAACACUGUUUCAGGUUUCUGGGAUUUUAUGAUCUACCUGAAGUCAUCUGAGAACUUGAAACAUGGGGCACUGUUUUGGGAUCUGGCCCAACUUUUCUGGGACAUUUAUGUGGACUGUGUUCUUUCACGGAACCAUGGCUUAGGAAGGAGGGAGUUGGCUGGAGAGGAAAAGAAGCCACAGCAUGCCCGGACAAAGCAAGGUGCAUAUUAUCGGCAACUAAGAACCGCUUUCCUAAAAAACAAAGAAUUGAUUGAAGAACUGUUAAGUAUACAUGCACGCAGGAGUGGGGUUAAAUUUAUGGGAAAGGCAACCAGUGGCUUAGAAAGGAAGAGAAAGUAAAUCUAAAUCUACCCUCAGAGCUUACUAAUAUCUUGAAACCAAAUAUAUAUUCUCGACUAUUGUUCAUGCAUUUACUUGAAAUGAAGGGAUGUUCAGAGAUAAAUACUCAGCCAUAUUCUAUUCAAGUACUUAGUUCCAUUCUUUUAGGCUGCCAGCUUGAACUUCAAAUACUGUUAUUAACUGCCAGAUCAUCACAUUGUCUGCAAAAAUUACAAUAACUCCCAAAGAUUAAAAUAGGGGAUUGCACU